AGGAAUUUUUAAAAAUUCAGUUAUGGGACAACGAUUUUACAACAAGUAUAUGUACUUGCCUGAUCCUUCUGCUAUUAGUCACAGACAUAACGCACCAUAUGUUAUUGUAGCUGACGAGGCAUUCCAGUUAAAUUUGUUUACCAUGCAGCUGUAUCCAUCGAAAAAUUUAACAAAAAAACAACGCAUAUUUAACUAUAGGUUAAGUAGAGCUCGAUGUGUUGUUGAAAAUGCAUUUGGAAUAUUAGUUACUCGAUGGCGUAUUUAUCAGAAACCUUUAAAUAUCAGUCUUCAAACAAGUGAUGCAAUAAUAAAAGCAACAGUCUGCUUACAUAAUUUAUUAAUGAGUACUUCAUAUUACUGUGAAGGAAAUUAUGCUGAUAAAUUAUUAGCAAAUGGCGAGAUAAUUGGAGGAGAAUGGAGACAAAAAAACGUGAAUAUUAAUAAUUGUAGCAAUACAAGUUUGGUAAAUAAUAACUACACUAGACAGGCAAGUGAAGUUCGAAACAUUUUUGCAGAUUAUUUUAUGAACGAGGGAAAAGUUCCUUGGCAAGAAGAUAUUAUUUAAAAAGAUAAUUAUGAA